UCACCCUGGGUGAAAUAGCCAUUGCGGUUAAGGGCAUGUUGUGGGUCAUUUUAAUUCGAGGCAGUUUGCUUUUAUCAACUGCUGCUGCUUUUAAAUUUCGAAAUGAAACCCGUUUAAAAGCUAAUAUUUUGCCCGAAUCAUCGCCCUCUUUUCACCCAAACGGCUCGGGAGAAGUUAAGGGCAAGGCGAAGCGGCACAGGGCGCCAUCUUAACGAGUGGCAGCAGGAGCGAGUCGGUCGCUCUCUCUGAGGAUGUUCGGGGCUGCCCGUGUUUCUCGGUCCUGCAGCCAGACAUGGCUUCUAAGGACACAAAGCUGUCCACUCUAUUCCAAGGACCCCUGUGGAGCUGCCUUUUCUUCUUGCCUGACUGUAAGGACCCACAGAAAUGCCCAGGGCAACUGCCUGUCUUUAAACACCCUUAAAAGUGUGUUUAAGGACCCAAGUUUGAGCGCUGUCUCAUCUGAUUGCCUGUCCAAAAAAUCAUACAAGGACCCCAGUGGGGCUGCCCUCUGUCAGUGCCUGUGUGAAUUAAGACCACCGAAGUACCCUAAAGGUGACCUGGAUAACUGCCAGAGUUUUAAGAACUGCUUUCGCUCAAAGGACCUGGAUAUCUUCCAGUGUGGAAGGACCCUCAACGAUCAGAUAGCUGUCUGGAGUGACUGCCUUUCUCUAAGAACUUACGUCACUGGGAUUCCUUAUCAGGACCCCGGCCUGGGUGCAAAGUCUGUCCUUUGGAAACGCCUGUCUCGGGGACGGUGCGAGAACCCCUGUGGGGCUGCCCUGUGGAACUGCCUGUCUCGAAGGAGAUACAGCAGCGGAAGUACGGUUUUAAAGGACCCCGGCUGGGCUGCCCUGAGAGACUGCCUGUCUCCGGAGAAUGAGGCGCGAUGCAGACGAGAGCUGGCUAGCAACAGGGUCUUUUACACUGGGGGUGGGACUGGGAGGACUGACAGUGGUACUGGGAGCUCUGGGAGAGAGACUGGGAGCUCUGGGCUGCGGGCUGCAGUUCUGGUCUCUCUUUGUACAGUGGGGGGUCAGCCAGCCUUCCUCCUCACCCUGAGAUCCAGCAAACUCACAGGGAGACACAAGGGAGACGUGAGCUUUGCAGGGGGGAAGGCGGACCCAGCAGACCGUGACAUCAUUGAGACUGCGCUGCGGGAGGCGAGAGAGGAGCUGGGUGUGCGAGUGAGAGAGAGGACAGUGUGGGGACUCAUGAGACCCCUGAGAGACUGGUCCGGGAUGGUCAUCGCCUCCUGUAAUAGCAAACCUCGGCCCUUGGAGGCGCUGGACACUCUCAACCCCAACCCAGACGAGGUAGAAGAUGUCUUCACUCUCUCUCUCUCUCACCUCACUGAUCCGCAAAAUGUGGGCUACACAAACUUCCGAGUGGACGGUCGCUAUGGUUACACGCUUCCCGUAUUCCCGCGGGGGAAGCACCGCGUCUGGGGGAUCACUGCGGUCGCGAUGCAGCAAGCGCUGGACAUCGUAGCUCCCCGAAAAAGAAGGGGAGACUUCAAGAGUCCAUAGGAACCAUAGGGAAGUAGUGUACAGCACAGAGAGGUCUGGUAAAGCACAGGGAAGCAUUGUAAAGCACAGAGAGGUCUGGUAAAGGAUAGGGAA